AAGUAAAUGAGCUUCUCAACUAAUGGGCCUGAUCUAGUGGCCAGGUGAGUUUGUGUUUACCUGAGGCCUGAUUGAUGGAGACUCACAGGUAGCCUCACAGUCCGCAAUACCUUACAGAAUCACCAGGAUAUAACGACAUAUCAUUGACACAAGUCAACACUCGGUGUAAUGGUAUUCACAGACACAGAGGACACGAGCACCGAUCAAAGAUUACAGCCAGACCAGUCAAAGGCCAGUAAUGACCACGACAACUUGUACGAUCAUUUGGGGGUAUUCUGUUCCAAAACGCUUUACCUCUGCGCUCAACGAGGACCUCGUAAUGUGACUUUGUCGGGGCUGUAGCAUGGUAUACGCGGUAUCGGUGUGCAGGAGAGUUGGAAAUGGCAUCCGACUUCCACAAUUGCCGGUCGUGUUGUACUGGGCAUUGGUGUUCAUGUCAGUGCUACCAUGGGGGUCAGGGCAGCCUUGUCAGCCCUGUCCUGGUGCCUGCUCGUGUCAGGAGACGCCCCGGGGGUCAGGACAGUGCCUUGUGGACUGUGGACAGAGGGGGUUACGCAGUUACCCCAACUCCUCAACUCUCCCAGACCCUCCUUCGUCUGUCACAAAACUCAUCAUCAAAGAAAACAGCAUCCAAGAGCUGCCUGAUGCCUUUUGUAACCUAAAAAAUUUAGUGUCAUUGGAUGCAAGUAACAAUUAUAUAUCCAGCAUUCCAGAAUAUCUUUUUCAUAAUUUGACGAACCUGGAAGAAUUAAACCUUCUGGGGAAUAGUUUAUCGACCCUUCCUGUAUAUUUGUUUGCUGGGUUGUCCAAACUGAAGUUGCUAAUAUUAAGCCGGAAUAAGUUGAUCCGAUUACAAAAGGGUGUUUUUGAUGAUCUCACAGCACUGGAAAUAUUAUCUGUAAAUGUCAUGCCAUUGACGACAAUCGAUGAUGGGGUCUUUCCAAAUUCAAGUUUACAAAGACUGCAUCUAAAUAGGAAUUCACUGAAGGAAUUGCCUCCAAAUGUCUUCAAGAGACUGAACAAACUACGUAUACUAGACAUUUCAGUAAAUAGCUUGACCACAUUAUCAGCAGGAUCUUUUGAUGACUUGGUCUCGCUACAAAUACUGUCAUUGGAAGAGAAUCCAUGGCGUUGUACCUGUGAAUUGUACUGGUUGACAUCGUGGCUGGUUGACAAAAAAUUGCAGGGUUUACAACUGGGUGAUGAGGAUGGCACUACCUGUCAUUACCCAGAAUUCUAUGCUUCACGCACAAUCACAAGUCUCCAACAGACAGAACUAGAUUGUCAUCUUACACCACCCAUGACUGCCCAUCAGGCAGACCACCUAAAAGAUCUCUUGUUUAGACAGCAACAUAAACAAUUUGAUAAUGAUGAUGUUCAUAGCCUUGUCAGAUCUGCGCGAUCUGUUGGAAAUGGGGCAUUCCAAAGCAGUUGGAACCUCUUCUGUCAUUUAAUGAGAACUGGCUCCAAAUGCCGUGGUCCUGAGGUCUUCUUUUCUUGUACCUCAUCUGAUGGUACACAGCCCAUCCUAUUCAACAAGGCCUCAUAUCAACAAACCAAACUAGAAUGCUUGAAGGAAUGUUUCAGCAGCAAUUUAAGAUUUGGAAAUUUCCAAGCCAAGAUUUGUUUAUGUGGUUCUCUGUCCAAUAUUAAUUGUUCAGACUCGUGCCAACCUGAUCCUGCUGUUUACAGUUCUGUCUGUGGAAAAAUUUACCUACCUCAAAGUUUUGGUGUAACUGCUGGCUUAUCCUUACUUCCUGUGGGUGUUCAGUCUACUGGGGCCCCCACCCAAUUUACAGUGAGCACAAGCUUCACUGUGGACCACUUUGAGUGGGACUUCGGGGUGGGAGAUGAUGAGACCCACAUUACAAGCACAGGCUCUGUAGAGUUCUCCUAUUUUUAUCCCGGUGAUUAUCUGCUCAUAGUGUCUGCUGUGGCUCGGAUGGGGGUGGAAACAGCCAGUGUGUAUGUUAAGGUGCGUGAUGACACCCCCCAGGUCAGCCCUGUUUGCCAAACCCCUGUGGAUGUGUCCCAGAGUGUCAAUGUCUCUGUACUGUUGCAGAGUGGGUAUGACCUCAAACUCUCCUGGCUGAGGGAAGAUGAGUUAGGCUCCCAACUUAGAGAUUUGAGUUGUGACCUUCUGUGGGUGAAGCACAGAGACAGGUGUUUACAGGAGGGAAGGGUUAGAGCUAAUUACAGUGAAUCUGCUGACAUAUGCAGGACAUGGGGAGGAGAGCUGCUAACACUGGAUCAGCAGAGUGAAAUGGGAGAAAUCCUGAGCCUCUUCCAAACCACAGCUGGUUCUGCCGAGGGAUAUCUGAUUGGUGCUUCAAGGAUAGAUGGCUCUGGAAACUAUGAGUGGGAUAGCUCUGGUAGCCCAGCACUUCUCCUGAGACAGGUUCAGGAGCCUGACCAAGGAAACUGUGUGACUAUCAGGAACCAAGGCCUGUAUGCUGUGACCUGUAAUACAAAGUUACACUUCAUCUGUCAGAAAGAGCCUGUUGACUGCUCUCAUGGAGGACAGCUAGGACCUGAUGGAUACUGUUAUGUGAUAUCAGAAGCACCGUCUACCUGGGAUGGUGCAAAGACAAACUGCACCACAUAUCCCUCUGGGAGCCUGGCUGUUCUUAAUGCUGAUAACCUCAAUAUAUUUGUCAGCUAUACACUUCUCAAAAGUUCCAAGCUCCAGGAGGCCUGGAUAGGGCUGACUGACCGAACACACGAGGGCUACUUCUCCUGGGUGGAUAAUGUCGGGGAAAACAGCGAUGAUGAGACUGAUGAUUCUGAUGAUGUUGAUGACAGCACUGUGGUCAGCCAGUGGUCUUCGGCCCAUGCUGGGAUAGAUCAUCCAGACCAGAAGGACUGUGUCAUGCUGCGGAAAGAGGGGUCAGUCUACACAUGGCUGGAGGCAAACUGUUCUCAGAGCAGGCACUAUGUUUGUCAGUACAGCAAUGAUGGUCAGGAAGUGUCAGUGGGUAGCUAUUCUGCAGGUACCUCUGUAUUUACAGGAAAAGUUCUCACCUCACAAGCUGUAGUCCCUAUUAUAGUUCCUGUUACUACAACACAAACGACAUUCUAUUUCUUUCCAGGGUUUUGGUUCUCUGUUCGUGGUCUUUUAAGUUCCUGGGAUUUUAUCACAGAGCAAGUCUCCUUUGCUCUGUCCAUGACCCUGCUAGUGAUGAGACCCAUGUGUCCUAAUGGCUUCUACCUGACUCAGCCUGGUUGCUCUAGCCAGGCAUCACCAUACACCCAGUGCUUUUCCACAUCCUACAACUGCAGUACUCCAGCUGUGUUGGGGAUCGACAGCCCUGUAGCUGUGCUUCCUUACCCUCAUCCACACCUGGCUGCUCUCACACCCUGUCCCCUUCAGAAUUCCUAA